AUUUGAAAAUCUCAACUUAUUAAUUUAUAGAGGUUCUGCUGUUUUUUUGUAUUUUGAGAAUAAGAAUCUGAACAGUUUACAUAAUGGGACUGGUAAACUUCUCUGUUAUCGUAUUGGUCCGUACUAAACACGUUCUUCACUUGAUAGUCGUCGUUUUGAACUUUUUUUUCCAUAUUUUUUUUCUGGCUCAAGGUAAAUGUUAAAAUCUUUAUAUACAUAAUCAUCCCUUUUCAUUAAAUUAAAUUAUUUUAGUAAUCAAACAUCAUUAUUUUUUAUUUUGUUUAGCAAAUCAAAUAUCAUUAUUUUUUCUUUGCAAAUCUCAAGAUAAGCUGAGUAAUAGAAGACAACACGUGUGUCCUCAAAAAGUUACAAAUUUUUAAUUUCAAAUAAAAUCCCAAAUCUUUCACAUUAUCCCCAAUUGGUCACUCACUUCUCCUUCUUCAUCUCACUUCUCUCUCUGUUUCACCUUAACGAACUCGGAACACGAAGACCAAACUAACUUUUAGUAUCAGAAAUGAUAAAGCUUAAGCACUUGAAGACAUCAAGAACCAUCCAUGGCCCUCCCGUUGGAGCUCUGGUGAAUCACCAGCGAGAAGAACCAUUUAAAUAUCGAUUUGAUGACUCAAUUAACACUGUUUCCUUUGGUUUUGUAGGUACAUACAUUCUCAUCUUAAUGCUCCUCGACACGGAUAUCUUCGAGAAACUGACAGGAACAACUACUAACCCAGAUUCCUCUUCUGAUCGGAUCCUUUUGGGUAUGGCGUCUCGGGUAGGGUUCAGUGGUGCAGCAUCUAAGCUCGGUUAUCGACCACCAAAGGCAGGUACUUUACUUGUCGCAUUUUGUCUACUUAGUUAUGUUAAGUGUUGACACAUUUUUGGAUUAUCUGAUCUCUCACCGUUUUCAACUAUUAAAUUGACAUUAUAGCGAAGCUGGGCGAUCAAACCACAAAAGCCCAUUAAUCACAAAAGCAAAAAGGGCGAGGUAGCACAUAAAAAAAAGAGGUGAUGUUAGCACGGUGAGAGAAUGUAACCUCAGCGUGGACAACAUCCAAGGCAAACAAAUCACGGGAAUGUUCACUGCUCUUCCUUCCCUUAGUCUAACCUCAACAUGUAGAUAACAAAAACACAGAGAAAAUGUCUUACCAUACCCAUGAAGCUUUGUUUAAGCCUUACUCUUGGUUGUUGUCCUUUAGGGCUUGGCAUGAGGGACAUAGCUGAGUCAACGCCUCUGGUGCCCCCAAAUGUGAUAAGCAAAAUCUCCUAUGGGCUCCAUAAUCUCCUAUGCCCUCUUUUCAUUAAGUCGGCGUGAAAUGACGGGAAUGCCCUUCAAGGGUGGGAAAAAAAAAUUCGAAUUUGGGGUGGAUGGGUUGAGUUAUCCGGUUUCGGUCGACGGUUUGUAAUUGAGAAUUCAAUUCAAUUGAAACCGAAUUCAAUUGGAAUUCAGAAAAAAAGAAAAUCAAAAAUUAAAAGAAAAAAAAUUGUUAUCCCGCAGCUCGAGGAAAGCUCCAGCUUGCAGCUCCUCUCCCUCUCGAGAAGCUCGUUAUUGUCUCUGGUUGGUUCGCAGCUCCCUCCCAGCUACUCUGUUGUCGACGUCGAUAGCUACUCCGGCGACGCCGUCGGACCGCAACGUUUCCACCGGCUAGCAUUCAUUCGGAGAGGUCGUAAUGCAGGUUAGUUAUUCUCUCCUCAGCGAGCUGCAAGAUAUAAAUUGGAUUUAGGGUUUGUAAUUGAAAGUGUUGAAACGGCAUUGAUUCUGGGAUGAUUUGGUUGAUUUGUAUAUGAAAUUGUUAUGCAUGGGGGUGCGUGAAUUGUCUCGAUUGUGAGUAGCUUUGCACGGAGAUCUCUCCGAUCAAUCAAUCGUACAUACAUUUGAGUUCUUGUUUAAGCAUUAAGCAUUACUUUGUAUAACUAGGUAUAACAAGUAGAACUGAUAAUUGUUGUAGAGUAGGUAAAACUUGGUAAAACUGUAGACAACUCGGUAGAACUAAGAAUUACGGGUAUAACUAAAACUUUAUUCUUUUGUUCUUACAGGAUACAAUGAUGAAAUAUGCGAGCGUCUAUUUCAAAUUCAAAGGGGAGAUCUCUUGUGUAACCUUGAAGACAACUGUGGAGGAUAUAAGUUUGGCAAUGCUAGAAGAAAAGUUGUAUAAAAAGCUUGUGUUGGAUGAAAGUAAGGUAAAACUGGCAUUGAAGUGCAUGCCGAUGGUGUAUGGAUCUGAAGAACAUCAAAUUAUUCGUGAUGAUGAUGAUCUGUUUGGUUUCCUAACAACCGUUGAUAAAGACAAUCGUAGAUCUCUCUUGUUAGUGGAGGAGACGAGUAUAUCGGAUCAGUUAGAGAAAGUAUCGAGAGUGGGCAUAAGUUCGUUUGGUAUGAACUACGAAGUGUUGCAGGGAAAUGAUGAUGUUUAUGAUGAAAUCAGACCUAAGGCCAUAACUCUGUAUGUAGAAAAUGGUCAAGCAAAUCAACAGAAGGAGCUGAUAGAUGCAGAGAAUGAUUUUAUGGAUAUGGACACCGCAACUGGGACAGACACUGCAGCGGAGACAGACACUGCAGCGGAGACAGACACUUCAGCGGAGACAGACACCGCAGCUGAAACGGACACAGUAGCUGAAACGGACGCAGCAGCUGAGACGGACACCGCAGCAGAGACGAACACCGCAGGUGAGACGGGUAUGGGUGCAGAUAAGUAUGUUGAGCAGCCACCUAUAAAAAAAGCUAGUCAGGUUAUAGAGGAUUGGGAAGACGGUUUGGGUCUGUUUAAGUAUCAGGAGUUUCCAAGUAAGAAAGCACUUCAAGAGGUGGUUGAUAGAGCUGCAUUUGGUGAAUGCUUUUGUUAUGUUAUCAAAAAGUCGGACUGGAGACGAUUGGUGUUAAAAUGUUGUGAAGCAACCUGUAAGUGGGGUUUACGAGCUGCAAGGAUUCCACAGACUGAAUUUUUUUCUGUUAGGAUUACACGGGUGUGCAUACAUGCUCUCAGUCUAAUCAAAGUAAAAGCAGCAACAUCAAGAGGAAAGGCUCAGCAAAAUUAGUUGCAACUUUUCUGAAUGAGGAAUAUCCUGGAAAACUGAGUACUCCUGUUCCGAAAGAUAUCAUGGAUCUUAUAAAGUUAAAACUUGGUGUAACAAUAUCCUACUCCACAGCCUUGAGAGGGAAAAAUCUAGCUAUUUCUGAGUUGCGUGGUGGUUCGGAAGAGAGCUACAAGAUGCUAUAUAGCUACUUGUACAUGUUAGAGCAGGUCAAUCCGAGAACAAAAACAUGGGUGAAGUUGGAUGAGGCAAAUAAGUUCAAGUACCUCUUUAUAGCUCUGGGAGCUUGUAUUGAAGGUUUUGCAGCCAUGAGGAAGGUGAUAGUUGUGGAUGCCACAUUUUUGAAGAAUGGAUAUGGUGGUGUACUAGUAUUUGCUAAAGCUCAAGAUCCUAAUCGUCACCAUUAUUCGCUUGCGAUUGGUGUACUCGACGGUGAGAAUAAUGCUAGUUGGACAUGGUUUUUCGAGAUGCUCAAAACUGCUAUACCAGACUCUUCUGAAUUAGUUUUUAUGAGUGAUAGAAACCAGAGCCUCAUCGUGGCUGUAGCUAAUGUGUUUCCACAAUCUCACCAUGGCCAUUGUAUAUGGCAUUUGUCUCAGAAUGAGAGAGGGCAUGCUUGUAACACAACCAAAGCCGUAGUCGGAUGGAGAUUUAUGGAGUUGGCUAGGUGUUACACGUUGGCUGAGUUUGAGUCUGCUUACGCAUCUUUUAAGGUGAGAUAUCCUCCAGCGUACAAGUAUUUGGAGGAGCAUACUGAUAAAAGCACAUGGGCUCGGGUUCAUUUCCCAGGUGUCAGAUACAACUUGGACACUAGCAACAGUGUGGAGUCAAUGAACAGUGUGUUUAAGGACGCCAGGAGGUAUGCUUUAAUACCAUUGUUGGAUACAAUCAUCAAAAAGUUUUCUGACUGGUUUAAUGAACAUCGGAAGGACUCUGUGGCUGGGUCGAUUGAUACCAAACUGGUUCCUCUUGUCGAGAUUCACUUGCAUGAGCUAUGGGGCAAAGCUGAGAAAACACAAGUGCGUGAGCUUAAUAGUUAUGAGCUUGAGUACGAGGUAACCGACACUGAUAAUGGGAAGAAUUAUGUUGUGAACUUGAUAGCGAAGAGCUGUACCUGCAAGGUGUAUGAUUAUGAAAAGUAUCCUUGUCUGCACGGACUUGCUGCUUACUUAUAUUUCCUUGAGGUUGAAGCUGCUCCCGGUCGUCGACGUGAUAUCAGGAUAGAGUAUCAUGAGUUGUGCUCGAAAUAUUACUGGACGGAACUUUGGGCAUUGGCUUAUUACAAGACCAUUUAUUCUGUGCCGGACAGGUCUGAAUGGAAUGUACCAGAUCACAUCAAAGAGCUUCAGAUCAUACCUCCGGAUCGCCUCAAGAGGAAGGGAAGGAAAAAGAAUAAGAGGAAUCCAUCUGUUGGGGAACGACGUAAAAAGACACAAAACAUAAGGCGGCCAAGGCAAAAUUUCGGUUUCAGUUGGCUGUUGUUUGGAAUGCGUAGUAGUAAUCCCAGUGAAUCAAACUAGAUCUUUUGUUCGGAUUUUAUGGCUGUUGUGUUGUUUGGUUUUGGUACGUUGCUUUUGGUAUGUUGCUUUUGCUUAUUUUGAAAACAUUGGUAAAACUAAGUAAAUCUUUUGUGGAAUAGACCCAAAUUUUCUCCUUUAAACCUCUAAUAAAUGAAAUAAAUACUGUUUAUUGUUCACCUUUUCAUUCGAUUCGAUCUCCUCUCUCUCUCUCUCUCUCUCUACUCUCCCUCUCUCUCUCUCUCUCGACUCUUCUCCUUCUCGGUACAAAAUAGUGAAGAUGCAAGGAGAUGGUUCGGGAUCGUCAAGGAGAAGGCAAAAUGGUCGGAAAUUGUGUUUAUGUGGCUUAGAGGCAGUCAUAACACAAGCUUGGACAGACGAGAACCCAUGGCGACGAUUUUAUGGUUGUCAGUGUUUUAAGGUAUCCCAUCUGAUUAUAGAACUAGAGAUUCUGAUGGGAAAAUAGCUUUACAAUUGAAAUUAUGGCAGGAGAAAAAUGGAUGCAAGUUCUUCGCAUGGUUUGAUGAAGAGGACGGGACAUUAUGGCAAAAAGAGCUUUGAUUGAAGCCCGGGAUGAGAUCCGAGAGAAGAGUAGAGUGAUUACACAGUUAAACGAAACAAUUGCAGAACUGAGAAGCAAUUUGGAGAAGAUAAAAAAUGAAGAGGAAAUUGUUAGAAAGUUUGAAGAAUUUUAUGUUUAAGCGAUCUUACCAUGUAUUCUCUAAGUUUAAGUGUUUGUUUUACAACAUCUGUUUAAGCGUUUUGGCAGUUAUGUUUAAGUGUUUUGGAACCUAGGUUUAAGAGAUAUAUUGGAAAACCGUGGAAAACUAGUAUAACAAGGUGUAACUAUGAUAGAAAUUGGCAUAAUCCGAACUACAUAAGUCUUAAUACAGAAACACAUUCACCAAAAAUGAUAUAGCAGAUACUGCUUCUGAAAAUAGAUUAGUGAAGAUAACAAAAAUUUACAAACCACAUAAGAAAAAAAACUCAUCGUUUCAUGAGAAAUAGAUCAAUGAAGAUAUGCAUUGUAUAUAGUCUUUCCAAGAGCACUUUGUUAAUAAGAUCAGCAUAUAAAGAAGUAUUCUAUAGUUUUCAUGAUUUCAAAGAUAUUAUUGCACUAAUCAUAUAUACUUACAUGGUAAUGCAGAAAAAUGACAAGUAAAACUUUCUUUACAAAUUAAAAUUAGACGUAAAACUAAAAAAUGUUGAAAUCACGAAAAGUAGAACUAUGAAGAAAAUUGGUAAAACCAGAAACUUCAGUAUAACUAAGAGCAAAUAUUUCGGAGGGAGAAUAAAAAUUAUUCUUGCGCCUAAACGAAAAAAGGCAAAAUUUUCAAUUAUUUGGGUCAAAAAGUAGAUUCCCUCUGCUCUUUUAUCUGGCCUCGUCUCAUCUUCUCCUCUAUUUUCCCAGACACUUUUUCACUUCCCCAGCACUCUCUCUCUCUACUCUCUCUCACCAUUCAUACACUCUCUCUUUAUCCAUUCUCUUUCUAUUUUCUCUGAAGCUCCACGGUUUUACUCUUUCCCCUUUACUGAACAUGACUCAUCCGUAUGAAGAGAUGAAGGAGAUGAAGAAGCUGAAGAAACACUACGACAUGUUAGGGUUCGUUUGGGAUGCCCAAUAUGGAAUUCCUACCCGUUCCCCAUGCGGUGGUGAAAUAAUGACGAAUGUUUCUCCAACUCCGAAGUACAAAUCAGAUUUCGAUGCCUUGCCUGGGAGUAGGUACUUCACCUGCAAGAAUUAUGAGGACGAUGGGUUGCACUUUCGUCAGCCAUGGGCUUUCGGUGUUCAACAAGAAGUGGAGCGCCUAAGGGGGGAGGUGAAAGAGUUGGCUGAAGAGAUUGCUAAGCUUAAGAGGCUUAUUACCUCGACCUCCCGUC